UAAUUUUAGUUUGAGGCUUUGAGCGAUCAAUACAAAAUUACAAACCAAUAAAACCGCAGCCUAUAAUAAUUCAGAGCUCGCUGGAGGUAAAGCGGCAUCUUUGGAGCUGCCUGUCGUCUACGGACACAAAGUCUCAGCACUAGAGAAUGGUUGAGACCAGCCUGAUGCUAAAGCAAAAAAGAAGAAAUAUUGCACUCCCAUUUCAUUAAUUUGAUCAGACACAUUAUUGAUUCAAUUCUUUGAGCACAACUUGCUACUUUCAGGCUAGCAUAUCGAAAUCAGCGUCCCGAUUAUUUAGGGAGAUACUCCGCUUUGUAUAUUCGCCAGCACCCGCAGAAGAUAUGAAUGGGAAAGCAUUCUUAUGCCAAGCAUCAUCUCUAAAGCCAAGGGUUCACCAGUUUUUCUGAUGCAUAUGAGCUGCUACAACUCAUGAGAGAAAGCAAGUAGGUACAAGGUCAUAUUGACAAGAUAAGAUGGCAGUUGAGCUUGAUUUAGGUACUUAAUCAGCAAUUAAAAUCUGUAGACGAGAUUUGAAAGUAUGUCAUAUUCAACAGUCAUUCAAUUCCUAAGUUGUUAGCAGUUCUACUUGAUUUUAUUUUGUGUUUUAAAAUAUAUUUCCUGGUGAAGCAGAGUUUGAAAGAUGGUUUUGUCUUUUUUAUCAUCGAGAAAUGUAAAUGAAUUCUUCACUUUGUUGAGCUAACGUUGGCAAAUGUAAAAUUAUAACUGCAUAUAUAUUUUUUUAUUCUUAUAAAAUAUUACCACUUCCGUCCCAAAAUGUUUAGCCAAAUCUUAAAAUUUUGAUCAUGGUUUUGACUAGUAUUAUAUUAUGAAAGUUAUAAAUUUUAUACUUUUAUGAAAUUUCAUUUAACAAAGAACAUUUUCAUAUCAUUUUUAUAUUAUAAAUAGUUUCCGAUAAAUAUAUAUUAUUGGUCAAAGUUUUGGAUUUGGCUAAUUAUUUUGGGACGGAGGUAGUAAUAAAAUAAUAAUACGUAGUAGUAAUAAUAAUAAUGAUAAUAAAACACUUGAGUAGAAUAAGUUUUCUUGUCUUUUCUUUCUUUCAUUCAUGCCUUUUUCUUUAUUUUCACCCUGUUAUACAGAGGAAUAAUUUUGCAUUGAAAUAUUUGAGACGACAGUUACAUUUUUUCUUUCAAUAUUUUAUUGAAAAGUUUUCAGCAUGUGGUCCAUUGCAUUACUUUUGUUCGUACAGUGUACAUUGCAAUAUGGUUACUGCUUAGCUGCUAUAUUUAGAUACCUGGUAUUUGGCAUGCUAGUUAGUAUUGAUUGUUUUGGAUGGCCCUUAUUGCUUUAAAACCUGGAAUAUUGCUUCUUUGAGGUUCAGAUCUAUUAUCUGAAGCUUUAUGUUAUGUGAGGUAAGAUAUUUAUCACUGGUAGCUCAAUAUCAGUUCUUAAAGUUUGUUUGCCUUUCAAAGUUUGUCUGGAUGGGAUUUUUUAUGUUGAUUUGGAGUGUGAUAUUUAACUAAGUUAUAUCAUUAAUUUUUUUAGCCUUUCUGGAAUUCAACAUCCAGAUGCAUGAGUUUCUUGACAUCAAGCCCUACUCUGUAUUACCUGAGAGUAUGGUGUUUUGCAAACGACCAUAUUGUAAAUGUAUCAGGUAACUCUAGAGUUUUACUCCUCGCAUGAGAAAUUAUCAUCUACAUGUAAUAUUUUUUUAUCCAUGUCGUAUUAUUGUGACUUUCACAAUCUUCAAAUUGAUGACUGAAGUUCACUGAAACUGAAAUGUGUGAUAAAUCACUUCAUGAAAAAGAAAGGUGUAUGGACGAGGAAGAGACAAAAUGUUGGAAUCUGAAAAGUAUUGGAGAUUAGAAGCCAAUCCUUUCCAGCUAUGAAAGCUAAAUUGCAUACUGUAGGAAGGAAGUGCCAUUUGAUGCAUUAAAUGUAGAUCUAUAUGCUGUAUUUAUUUUUAUAUUUACAAAUUAAUAAAUGUUAGGAACAUCCAAAUUUAGGUAAUAAAAACCCUUUCCCAUUCAUAUAGGAAACCGGCCUUGGAAAAGUCAUAGUUUGGUUAUAAGGAACUUUUACAAUGACUCAAUGAGUGGUAAAAUAUUCAGUGUGUAGGACAGUUGUUUGGCGUAGAAGUUAAUUACUACGGGUUUCAUUCGAUCAAAGAAAGUGCUCGGAGAAAGAAAAUUGAUGACAAAAAGUAGUGAAUACUGAGUAUUUUUAUGUUUGGUUUUAAGUUUUAACUAAAGAAAUACACUGGUAAGUGGUAAAUGAAAUACUCUGCAUGAUUAAUUUUUAUAAUAUAUACUAGUAUUUAUAUAUGUAUAUAAAUAUAUAUUCAUAUUAAGUUUAUAUAUAAUGAAAUAUGAAAAUUCCCAAAAUAAGAGUGAAAAAUACUCCGUAUAACAUUUUUUUCUUCUCAAAAUAAGAUUCAUUCACUCCAAAAAGAAGUUUUAAUCAUUGUUGGUCAUUUAUUAGGACUAAAUAAAUUAUAUUUUGAGAAGAAAACAUACUAAUUUUUAUUAUUCGAAAAACUUUGUAUAUGCUUCACUCCUGUUUUGAUAAAUUUCCUAUAAAAUAAAUUUGAACAAAAUCUAGAAUAAAUUUAUUGUCCUUUAUUCUGUCCUUUAUUUUACCAAAUUUUCUUUCCAAUUCAUUUCCCUCUACUUUUUUGGGUACAUAAUUUGUGCUGUAAAUGGACCCUUUUGUUUGUUAGGUUUGGUGUGGGGGUGUGGUGGGUGGGGGGUCAAGACCUGGGAAUUUCCAGUUCAAAGCACAUAGAAUUUAGGAUCAAGAAAGAAGGGCCCCUUUGUCAUUUGGAGAGCCAACAUAGAAUUGCAAAUCCACUAUGAUGCUGCCCCCACAUUAUGGAGCCCAUCCUUCUCAGAUCUCCGCUCCUCUUUUGAUAAUAAGAUUUUUUAGGCUUAAUUAUUCAUUCAUUUUUUUUGUAAACACCCUCUGUUGCUCCAUAAAUACCUCAGUGUUGGUCUUGUUAUUCUCCAAAUCCUUCUUUCAUUUCACUAAGUUAUAUUUAUAUUAUACAAUUAUUAAAAAAGCAAUAAUUGAGGAUGAAGAAAUUAAGAAAGAUACCACAAGCUGCAGUUCUGAAGCAGAUGAUUAAAAGGUGUUCCACUCAGUUCAGGCAGAGACAUGGGUAUGAUGAAGAGGGGCUUCCUGUGGACGUCCCAAAAGGCCAUUUUGCGGUAUACAUUGGUGAAAACAGGAGCAGAUACAUAGUACCCAUCUCAUUCCUGUCUCAUCCCCAGUUUCAACUCCUCCUCCAAUGCGCCGAGGAGGAGUUCGGUUUCCAUCACGAAAUGGGAAUUACCAUUCCUUGUGAUGAGACGUUUUUCCGUUCGCUGACAUCAAUGAUCAGGUAGACAACGAACGAAUUUUACUUGAGAAGACUUUGUGUUGGGGGAGAGAAGACGGUUUAAGAUGAAGCUCUGGUUGCGCUGCUGUGUUUGGCUUUGUCUUUUUUGAACGUCUUGAUUCACCCAACUACAUUAGCUUAGCUUUAUCGGUUUCUUUUUUUUUUCCUUUUAAAGUUUAUUUUGGGGUCAAUUACCUUUAAUUAACCUAGCCUUACUCCUGACUGUUUGUGGCCGGGUUAAUAUGUAAAAAGUUUGAUGUUAUGUUUUCCUCACGCUGGUGCAUUUCAUGCUGAUUACUCCGCGUGAGAGAAUUUGUUGUUUAUAGAAAGGGCAUAGUGAACUCUAUUAUUUCCUUAACUUUUGUGUUGAGGUAGUAUUUUUUAACGCAUGUUCUAAUCCAAUAAUGUCUAUUCAAAAAGAAGAGUAAUGUUUCAAAUGUAA